AUGCACAAAGCGAAGUCUCCAGAUAACAAGUUGGUCUUUCAAGAUAUAAAUGUUUCCAUAAAUAAAACAGUUAUCUUACAAAAUGUCUCUGGGGUGGUUCACAGUAAAGAAGUUUUGGCUGUCAUGGGACCUAGCGGUUCUGGGAAAACAACAUUACUAAAUACAAUAGCUGGUAGAACUGGUGCCAAAUCAGGAGAUAUAGAAUUAAAUGGUCACAGAUUGAAUAAGCGCUUACGUAGAAAAAUGGCUUAUGUUUUACAAGAAGAUUUAUUCUAUACCAAUCUAACAUUAUGGGAAACAUUAUAUUUCACAGCCAUGUUAAACCUGCCAGAUAAAAUUCCUAGAUUUGAAAAACUUCAUAGAAUAGAUGAAAUUAUAGAAGCAUUAGAUUUGGAAAAAUGUAGAAAAACAAUGAUUGGUGGAAUGUUUGAACAUGGAUUAUCUGGUGGUGAAAAGAAAAGAUUAAGUAUAGGUUGUGAAUUAUUGACCAAUCCCCAUGUUAUGUUAUUAGAUGAGCCUACAUCAGGUUUAGAUUCUAGUACAGCUUAUAGUUUAAUGGUUCAGAUGACAGAUUAUGCUCAGAAAGCUAAUAAAGCUAUCAUUGUUACCAUACAUCAACCAUCCAGCCAAAUAUAUCAUCUCUUUUCUAAUCUCUUAUUAUUAACAGAUGGUCAGGUAGCUUAUAAUGGAUCACCACAUGAUGCUUUAGAGUUUUUUAAAAAUAUUGAUUUAGUUUGUGAUGAACAUUAUAAUCCAGCUGACUUUAUGUGUAAGUAUUUAAUAUUAAAAUCAAACACCUAUGUUAAUCAAAUCAAACACUCAGGUCAGUUAAAUCAAAAACACAGGUCAGUUAACUCAAACACACAAUCUAGUCAACACAAACACUCCAAAACAGUAUGUUGCAAUUUUUUGAAUUUUUACCUAAUCUCUAAGAUACACUCUGACAGCAACAUGAGUCACAGUUACACAAAUUUCAAAACUUGUUUUUAUUCUUGGAAGCCUAACAUGCUUUUUCAAAAAUUUUUAGUUCGAGAUAUUUUGAAGGUCAAAGAAUCAAAAAGUCGUUUUUUAUCGAAGUAUGCUGUCACAAUGAACUUAAUCCUGUCAUUGGCCUGUGGUUUGAUGUGGUUUCAAGUAGACAGAACAUAUUCAACUAUUAGAGACAGAAUGGGAUUUGUAUUCUUCGUUGUAGUUUUCUGGGCAUUUACCCCAAUCACUGAUGCUAUUUUAUGCUUUCCCAAAGAAAGAACUAUAAUGAUGAAAGAAAGAGCUGCCGGUUCAUACAGAUUACUUGCUUACUAUUUAGCUAAAUCUUGUAGUGAAUUACCUUUAAUGACAAUUAUGCCAGUUGCAUUUGUAACUAUCAGUUAUUGGAUGGCUGGUUUUAAAGGUGUUCCUGAAUUCUUUGCUACUGCAGCAAUUGUUCUAGUGUCGUCUCUAGUUGCUCAGGGAAUGGGUUUUGUAAUUGGAGCUUCAUUUAGAAACUUUCAAACAGCCAUGACAACUUCAACUACCCUAAUGCUGUGUUCUUUAAUAUUUGGUGGUUACUACAGUCAAAAAUUUCCUUCUUGGUUGUCAUGGUUGAAAUAUUUUUCAUUUUUACAUUAUCCAUUUGCUGCCAUUACAAUUCUAGAAAUGUCAGAUACAGAAAAUAUCAUGUAA